AUGACCUUCCUUGAAUACUCCCUCAUUAUCUCCUUAAUGUUUAUUCCGAUAUUGUUUUUAAUAUUUAUAUACAGACGACAUCAAAACCGCACAACUUUAAUCUUUACAAAUUGGCCACUUGUUGGCAUGAUACCAGGUGUUCUUGGAAACAUCCAUCGACUCCAUGAUUUCUGCACCGAAGGAAUGAUAGAAAAUGGUGGUACGCUCAUGGUUCGAGGCCCUUGCUUCGCCAACUUGGACAUGCUCGUUACCGCCAAUCCUGCAGAUUUCCACCACAUUCUAAGCAAAAACUUCAGCAAUUAUCCUAAAGGUGACAAGUAUUUCAAGAUUUUCGCGAUCCUGGGAGAUGGAAUCCUGAAUUCUGACGGCAAGUUAUGGGAGAUCCACCGAAAGGUCGCCAUGUCUGUACUGAGGCAUGCAGGAUUUCGAAGUUUGAUGGAAACGAUAACCUGGAACAAAGUGGAAAACGAGCUUCUACCCAUACUUGAAUCCAUCUGUGAACAUGGCACUGAGGUGGAUUUGCAAGAAAUAUUUCAAAGGUUCUCUUUUGACACCAUAUGCAAGGUAUUCUUUGAUAACGAACUUGGAAGCUUGUCUCUUGAUUUUCCUAACAUCCUGUGUCUCGAGGCCUUGACAGAUGCUGAAGAAGCUAUCUUCCACAGGCAUUUUACGCCUCCAUGCCUUUGGAAAUUGCUACAGCUUCUUAGAGUAGGGAAAGAGAAGAAGUUGAGUGAUGCAUGGAAAACUCUUGAUCARUUCAUAUAYAAAUGCUUAGCUCAAAACCAAAAUGMGUACDUGAACAUCAACUCUUCUCACCAGGAGGGAAAGUUCAUAUUUUACACGGCUCUCAUGAGAGAGCUCGAAGUUCAUGAGAUUGGCACUUGUUGGGAUCGAACAAAAUUUCUAAGAGACACUUUUUUUAAUAUGCUGAUUGCAGGAAAAGAGACUACGAGCAGCACCCUGUGUUGGUUCUUUUAUAUGCUUGCGGAAAACCCAAGCGUGGAAGAUAAGAUUCUGGAAGAGAUUCACACACAUUUGGAGAUAAAAGUGGGUGAGAGAUGGAAAGCAGGAGAGUUAAAUGACAUGGUUUACCUGCACGGAGCUUUAUGUGAAUCUUUAAGGCUUUUUCCUCCUGUUCCAUUUAACCACARAUCUCCAUUACAACCAGACAUCCUUCCAAGUGGCCACAAAGUGGAUCAAAACACCAAAAUCAUUCUUUGUAUGUAUUCCAUGGGAAGGAUGAAAUCAGUAUGGGGUGAGGACUGUAUGGAGUUUAAGCCCGAAAGGUGGGUUACGAAUAGUGGAGGAAUCAAACAUGAGGCAACUAACAAAUUCACGACAUUUGGUGCUGGUCCAAGAACAUGUGUGGGUAAGAACAUGUCUUUAUCUCAGCUGAAGAUAGUGUCAGCUACGAUCAUUUACCAUUACCAUAUCGAGUUGGUACUGGAAAGUCAUCCCGUGCUUCCAGCCAAUUCUAUGGUACUUCAGAUGAAGCAUGGUCUCAAGGUGAGAUUAACUAAAAGAAGUCAAAACAUGAACUGA